CAAAGGCAACAACCAGUCCCAGGGAAUUGCUUUCGAUCAGUGCCAAGUAUUUGAACUGAGAUGGAUCGGAUUAAUGAAAGUCCAUUCAUCCGUUUCAAAGGCCAAGGCCAUAUCGCCAUCCCGCCUCGUCAACACGAUGAACACACUCGCACACUUGGUCGUUUUCACAGUUACUGCUACAGUUGUCAUAGCUGCGGGGGACUCGUCAUUUAUCCGGACAACUCUUCAGGAGCAUUUUUCACAGGCAAGGCAUCACGUGAGCAAUCCAGGUUAUAAACUCAAAAGCAGAGAAUUCAUUUUAAACGAAUUCAAGAAGUAUGGCCUGGAGACUCACGAGCACAACUUCACGGGGGAAAAUGAGGUUGCCGCUGUCAAUGUUAUCGGUAUCCAUAGGGGUGCGACGUUCAACACAAGGGAUGACAAGGUCUUCGGUAUUGGCGCUCACUACGACACCAUGCGCAACACGACAGGUGUGGAUGACAACGGAAGUGCAAUGGCUGCCCUGCUGAUUGCUGCAAAGGCUUUGUCUACAAGUCAGAGGGACUAUACUAUCAUGUUCAUGGCAUUUGACCUUGAGGAGUGGGAGGAAGAUGCGGACAAAGCGUGUUCUGAAACUGGGUGUUGAAGUGAAGCCUUCAUCACCUCCUGGAUCCCUACCUACUGGGCAACACCCCCAGAAUUUGCCGGCUUCAUCGUCAUGGACACAAUCAUGAACUUCAACGAGACCCAGGAGACUCAGGCUCUGCCACACCUUCUAAGCUUGCUGUUUCCUAACACCACACUGAGCAUCGCCUCUGAUAACCACCAGGGGGACUUUCUAGCUUGCAUCUCACGUGGCUACGAUGCUCCUUUGGUCCGAGUAUUUGAAGAGGCGUUCAAGCAAUCGGGAGAGGCGAAGUUUGAGCUGGAGGUUUUCGUCAUUAAAUCCUUGCAGGAGAAGAUGCUAUCGGCUGUUGAUGCCCAAACCUACUCAGUAUUGCUCCGAAGUGACCAUGCGCGGUUCUGGAAAAAGGGAAUAACAGCAAUAUUCCUGACGGACACAGGGAACUACCGAGGGUAUAUGAGUACUUGCUACCAUCAACAAUGUGACAACAUGAGUCGCAUAACGGACGACAUGAUCAUGUCAGUUGCCAAGACAGCUCGCGCCCUCGUAGCAACCGGAAACAAAAUGGCGCCUCCCCUUCCUGGUGACGUUGGAUCAGCCGAACGCUUUGGGAUGUCCAGUCUCUUGUGGCUUCUUGUGAUCAUCCCGGGGUUGGCCUACAUAUAGAAAUAUCUACAUGACGCCAUGUUGUCAUAAGUGCAGUACCUGUGUUAUGCUCGCAGAGGUCGUCCCAAUUGCCUAUAUCGAUGCUUUAUGGUGUCAAACACUGGAUUAUCUGGUCCUGGCUCGAUUAUUUACAGACCGCCGUCAGGUAGCUGAAAUAUUGCAGAGUGCGGCGUUAAACAACAAACCGUCAAACAAUUUUGAAAGAGAGGCCCUUUCUCUUUUCCACAGUACUAUGAUCGUGGGGUUCGAAUCCCAGAUUUCCUCCGAUUAUCACCCCUGUUUUAACCAAACCGUCAAAAACGGAAAUACUAUUCGAAGCGGGUUAUAAACUCCAAAC